AUGGUUUUGGAGAGUCUUCUAAAACUUUAUAUUGCAAUUGAAGGAAUAAUAUCACGUGCACAACCUGCUUCAGAUUUGGAGAUGAAAAAGCUUAUUGAUGCGCGAUAUCACAGGAGCAUAUCCGGUUUGCAAAAGUACAUUUGUACGUUAACUACAUCACAAACCGGAGAUUACAUGCGGUUUGUGCAAGUGUGGAAUCCCAUGUUCACGGCCUUGGUUGAGAUGUUUUUGGCAGGAGAUCUUGCGAAAAGGUCACCUAAGAAAUACGCGUCUACUGCAGCCACCACUGAGGAGUUCAAUCCAUGCGGGAGUACGUCGACACCUUCUCAGCUGCCUCCUCUAAUGGAGUUUUUUAAAGGUUACAAAAAUCAGAUUGGAAGAAAGAGAAAGCAGAUUGUAUCUUCUUCAGGUCCUACAAAUAGUUCAGGAACAACAAAUACAACAGGUUCUUCACCAAGUUCAACACCCUUAACUCAUACUCCUGGAGAUGCUAUGUCAAUGCCUGCUUUGCAUCAUAAUGAUACAUUUGAGAUUUGA